CAAAACGAUGACGGCUCUGUUCUUUCAGAAGGCAAAUUCAAACUUUUAGCUCUUUUUUUUGCUUCAGAUUUCUUAUCUCAUGGUGGAGGACUAUUCGAUGAAGGAGCUCAAAACCAUUGAGAGAAGAAUCGCAAGCCUCAACAAUCACCUCUUUCCAAAAUCUUCUAUUCUUUCCGAAUGCCGUCAGAUUAGCUCCUCGCCCGCGUCGGCGGAGGACAGCUACCGGCGCAUCCACGGCGAGGUCUCCAAAGAACCAGCGGUGUGGAGGCCCGCUUUAGAUGAGUCAGGGAAGGAGUUCACCGAUAUUCACUACGAGAAAUCCGUGGGAGAGGGAAUCGCUAAGAUUACGAUUAAUCGUCCAGAGAGAAGGAACGCUUUCGGGCCGCAUACAAUUAAAGAGCUUAUGAGAGCAUUUAGUGAUGCAAGGGAUGAUAGCUCCAUAGGAGCUAUCAUUUUGACAGGGAAGGGAACCAAGGCUUUCUGUAGCGGUGGUGACCAGGCUUUGAGGACCUCUGAUGGAUAUACAGAUUUUGAAAGCUUUGGUCGUCUUAAUGUUUUGGAUCUUCAGGUACAAAUCCGGCGUCUCCCUAAGCCAGUGAUAGCUAUGGUUGCAGGUUAUGCUGUUGGUGGGGGGCACGUAUUGCAUAUGGUUUGCGAUUUAACAAUUGCAGCUGAAAAUGCCAUUUUUGGUCAGACUGGAGCCAAGGUGGGUAGUUUUGAUGCAGGCUAUGGAUCGUCAAUCAUGUCUCGCUUGGUAGGGCCUAAGAAAGCAAAAGAAAUGUGGUUCUUAUCACGCUUUUACAAUGCUUACGAAGCUGAGAAGAUGGGACUUGUCAAUGCUGUAGUCAAGCUUGAGAAUCUGGAAUUGGAGACAGUGAAAUGGUGUAGGGAAAUCUUAAGAAACAGUCCAACCGCUAUAAGGGUUCUGAAAUCUGCUCUCAAUGCAGUAGAUGAUGGUCAUGCUGGUCUUCAGGUACCUUUUGCAGCAUUUAAUUUCUAAUAUUUUACAUAUGAUACCAUCUA